UCAUUAAUUUCAUUUCACAUCAUAUCCAAUCCAUAUCUGAAGUGUAUAAUGAUCGCGGUGGUCUCGCUAAUUUUUUCAUACGUUUUUAUUUAAAGUGGUGAAGUGAGUGAAUUAGUGCCUACACAAUCAUAUUAUUGACAAUUACAUAUUUAAAUAUAUAAUAGCAAAAAUGUUUAGCUGGCUCAAGAAAGAGGGAGAAAAAUCAGAAAGUAUCGACAAUGUCGUCGAAGGGCUUAAAAGAAUUUAUAAGACUAAACUCCUGCCUCUCGAACUACAUUAUCAGUUUCACGACUUCCAUUCGCCGCAGUUGGAGGAGCCCGACUUCGAUGCCAAGCCUAUGAUACUUUUGGUAGGACAAUACUCGACCGGUAAAACGACCUUCAUCAAAUAUCUUCUAGAAAGAGAUUUUCCCGGGAUCCGAAUCGGUCCGGAGCCUACAACCGAUCGGUUUAUUGCAGUAAUGUAUGACGAAAAAGAAGGCGUAAUACCAGGUAACGCACUCGUUGUCGACCCAAAGAAACAGUUCCGCCCUCUUAGUAAGUUCGGCAACGCCUUCCUAAAUAGAUUCCAAUGUUCCACCGUUGCGUCCCCCGUACUCCGUGGUAUCUCCAUAGUGGAUACCCCCGGCAUUCUCUCAGGAGAGAAGCAGCGCGUCGACAGGGGCUACGACUUCACAGGCGUGCUUGAAUGGUUCGCCGAGCGAGUGGACCGCAUCAUAUUGUUGUUUGACGCUCACAAACUCGACAUUUCUGAUGAAUUCAGACGAAGUAUCGAAGCUUUAAGAGGUCACGAUGACAAAAUUCGUAUAGUGCUAAACAAAGCUGACAUGAUUGACCACCAGCAGCUCAUGCGGGUGUACGGCGCGCUCAUGUGGUCGCUGGGCAAGGUGCUUCAGACGCCCGAAGUGGCUCGCGUCUAUAUCGGCUCAUUCUGGGAUCAGCCAUUGCGAUAUGAUGUCAACAGACGUCUAUUUGAGGAUGAAGAGCAAGAUCUCUUUAGAGACAUGCAGUCUCUUCCACGAAAUGCUGCUUUACGUAAACUAAACGAUCUGAUUAAAAGGGCGCGCCUUGCCAAGGUUCAUGCAUACAUUGUAAGCGAGUUGAGGAAAGAAAUGCCCUCAAUGUUUGGAAAAGAUGGAAAGAAAAAGGAAUUGAUCAAGAACCUAGGCCAAGUAUAUGACCGCAUCCAGAGGGAACAACAGAUAUCACCAGGUGAUUUCCCUGAUAUUAAGAAGAUGCAAGAGACUCUUGCUAAUCAUGAUUUCACCAAGUUCCACCCGCUGAAGCCCAAGUUACUUGAAGUAGUGGACCACAUGCUGGCAACGGACAUUGCCCGGCUUAUGGAUAUGAUCCCACAGGAAGACAUCAAUGUUGUCACCGAGCCUCUCAUUAGGGGGGUCUCGGUCUCGGGCCCGGGUGCAUGGAGCUAUGGAAGCGGCGCGUUCGAAGGCGUGGAAGACCAGGUGUCACCGUUCGGCUACGGGCGCGGCGAGGGCGUGGACGCGGGCCACGGCGACCCCGAGUGGAUCUGCAGCAAGGAGAAACCGCAUUAUGACCAGAUCUUCCACUCGCUCAACCCCAUCGACGGCAAAGUCACCGGCGCGGCGGCGAAGACGGAGAUGGUGAAGUCGAAGCUGCCCAACUCUGUCCUCGGCAAGAUCUGGAAGCUGUCGGACAUCGACAAGGACGGUUUCCUGGACGAGGACGAGUUUGCUCUCGCCAUGCACCUCAUCCAGGUCAAGAUCGACGGCCACGACCUGCCCGCCGAGCUGCCGCCCCACCUCGUGCCGCCCUCCAAGCGCAACUAGCGCCGCUCGCCCGACACGCCACGCGCCAGCGCCGCUUUUCUGUGUAACUGAGAGUGCGGCGCUCGUCUAUGAACUCAAGUUUAAUUGUUAAAUCGAUUAAAAUUCCUUUUUUUUAGCGCGGAUCAGAUUUGCGGAACAUAUUUAAUGUUAAUUUUAUUUGUUUAUCAAAGAUUCUAUAAUUUAAGACGCGAAAGCUGCACCCCGCGUAGCGCUCCCCCGCGCUCCCCCGCGCCCCGCCAACUACACCUGCCGCCCGACUGUGCAAUAAUAUUACAUAAUUUAAAAAAAUGUUUUACUAUUGACUAAUAGUAAACGCACAAUUGUAUAAGUUUUAUGAUUCGUGAAAAAGAAAUAUCAUAUUUAUAUUAAGGUAUGUGUGAGGUCGGCGCCGCGCUGCUGCAGACCA